AUGACAUUAUUGCAAGUGAUCGGCCAAGAAGCAGUGCAAGUCUAUAACACUUUCCAAUGGACAGACAAUGAAUGUAAUGAAUGUGAGAUUAGCAAGUCCUUCCAUACACUUCACUGCAUUCUUAAUAAGUUCGAGAAGUACUGUCUACCAAGAAAAAAUUUUACCAUUGAAAGACGUGUUUUUUUCCAGCGUUCUCAACAUGAAGGAGAGUCAUUUGACAACUUUGUCACUGACAUCAAACUCAAGGCAAAGACAUGUGAGUUUGAUUUGCUUAAAGAUUCCCUAAUAAAGGAUAGGAUAGUUGGUGGCAUAAGGAAUGAGAACACCCGAGCAAGACUUUUGAGAGAACCAGAUCUAGACCUUAACAAGGCAGAAAAUAUAUGUCGGGCAGCUGAGGCAACUGAGUGGCAGCUUAAGCUCAUGAAUGAAGAAAGUGGGGUACAAGUUGUGAAUUCAGCUACCAAUAGCUUUAAAAGAACAAAAGGAAAUGUGAGUUGUAGCUAUUGUGGCAAGGAACACAGACCACGUCAGUGCCCAGCGUAUGGGGAAACCUGUCACAAAUGUCAUAAAAAAGGUCAUUUUUCGUCAGUGUGCAGAUCAAAGCCUGUAAGUAUAGUGAAGUCAGAAGGUCGAGAUGACUCCGUUGAGGAAACAUUUUUCAUCGGCAGUCUAAGCAACGAAUGGAACUCACUCAUUACUGUUGAAAACAAACAAGUCACAUUCACGUUGGAUACUGGAGCACAAGUCAAUAUUCUCCCAUACAGAAUCUUCAAACAAUUAAAAAGAAAGAAACUUCUCAAAUCAACAUCCAAACUUACUACUUACAGUGGAGAAAGAUUGAAGGUUGUUGGCAAAGCACACAUUAAAUGUACUGUUAAAAGUAAGACAGCCAUAAUAGAAUUUCAAAUUGUGGAGACACAUUCAAAGCCAAUUAUGGGUCUACCAGGCUGCCAACAAAUGAAUUUAAUCAGAAGAGUUGACUUUAUAGAGGACGAUACACUCUCAGGCUACGCAGAUGUAUUUACUGGCUUAGGCUGCAUGGAAGAGGAAUAUACUAUAAAGGUCAAUUCCAACAUUAAAGCUGUUGUUUGGACUGCAGUUUUCUUGACCUCGCUGUUGGCUUUGUGUUGUCUGUGA